AUGCUCCCCGAAGUACCUUUUGAGAAUUUCCGGACAGGGUCACAGUUCUUUGUGCUGACCCGCGAGCGCGCGAGGAUGGUUGUGAGUGGCAGCAAGUUGUGGUCAAAGUUCAAGCUACCAUGCUUGAAAAAAUACAUCUGUUACCCUGAGGAGCACUACUUCCCUACUUUAAUCGGCAUGAAGGACCCAGGCGGAUGCAUUCCAGCAACCCUUACCCACGUAGACUGGAGCAUCAGACGGUACGGGCAUCCCCGCAUGUACAGGGCUUCUGAGGUGGGUCCAGACUUGAUUGCGAAGAAGUUCUCCGGGGACUCAAUCCAGCCGUUGUUGAGAAUAGCUCCCGACAUCAUCUUCAAAGAUUAG